AAAAAUUAUAAAGUCAUGGCUGGAAGACGUCGUCGUUCGAACAUAGGUCGUAGUACAGUGGAUGCCAGAAGACUACGUUCAGCAAGAGAUGAAAAAUCGUCAACGGAACGUGAGGCUCGCCGCAGUCAGAUGCGGGAUAGAUAUAGAGCUGAGAGAGAGAGGGAAUCUUCAGUAGAGCGUCAGGUUCGUUGCAGCCGGGAUCGAGAUAGGCAUACGGUUCAGAGGGACAGAGAAUCGUCAGCAGAGCGUGAGGCUCGACUCAGUCAGCUUCGGGAUAGAUAUAGAGUUCAGAGAGAGGGAGAAUCUUCAAGAGAGCGUGAGCUUCGCCGCACCCGAGAUAAGGACAGACAUCGAAUAAAGAGAGCCAGAGAAUCAUCAGCACGAGUUACUAAUUCAUGGAAUAAAUUACAGAACAUUAAUCUAAGGGAAGAGCUCAAAAUGCGGAGAUCUAUAGGUGGCUACAGUGUAAAAUUCUUUACAUUUAUGUUACUGGCGAGAGUAGCUUGUCUCACACAAGCCGUUGCAUUUGAAAGGUCCGUGAGAGCCGCCAGUAACACUGGAUUAACUGUCUCUACUCAUGAUCUCGCUCUGUUGGUGCAGCAAAAUAAAACGUUUGACGUUUUAGUAAGUGAUCCACUGGAGCUAGACGUUUCCAUAAAUUUGGUGGUACAACAUGAGGGUCUGGUAGAAUUGUAUCCAAUUAAUUUCACCAUCAUUGCAUCGGAUCCACAAAACCAAGUAAUCAAUGUUCUUGGUGUGCGACCUGGAAGCUUGGAGAUCACAGCCAAAAGUACACCGAAUGACUCAUGGAUUGCCGACGAUUUAUUUGUACGCGUCACUGUUGCCAAUUCUCAGGCCAUCAUUUAUAUAUCGCUAGUAUUUGGUUGGAUUUAUUUUGCGGCCUGGUCUAUCUCAUUCUAUCCACAAGUUUAUAUUAAUUUCAAGCGAAAAUCGGUGGUUGGCCUCAACUUUGACUUUCUUGCCCUCAACAUAGUUGGUUUUGCUCUUUACUCCGUUUUCAAUUGUGGCCUUUACUGGAUACCGGAAAUACAACAAGAAUACUCUAGCCGCCAUCCACGUGGUUUAAAUCCUGUAAUGCUUAACGAUGUUUUAUUUGGCCUGCAUGCCAUGUUUGCAACAAUUUUAUCAAUCACUCAAUGUUUUUUAUAUGAGCGCGGCGAUCAAAAAGUCUCGAAAACCGCAUCCGGCAUAUUGGGUACAUACGCAUUAAUUGUAGUGGUAAGCGCAAUUCUAGUUGCAGUCGACGUAAUCCACUGGUUGGAUUUUCUCUACUACUGCAGCUACAUCAAAUUAUCGAUAACCAUUAUAAAAUAUGUGCCACAGGCGCUAAUGAACUAUCGCCGCAAAAGUACUGUAGGUUGGAGCAUUGGUAAUAUUCUAUUGGACUUUAUCGGAGGUACACUUAGCAUGCUGCAGAUGAUCUUGAACGCAUCAAAUUAUGAUGAUUGGGUGUCAAUUUUUGGUGAUCCAACGAAAUUUGGGUUGGGCCUAUUCUCUGUGCUUUUCGAUGUGGUGUUUAUGUUGCAGCACUUCGUAUUUUACAGGCGUAACCAGAUGCCUUCCGUCUCUACGCUGACCGAGGCCACAGAAGUGCCCAAUGCCAAAUCUGAGGAGAAACGUUAUUAGUUGUAUCCACUUUAUGUUUACAUAUUUCUAAUAUGUAAUUAUGUUGUAAAUACCUAGGUUUUUAGAAAUACCUUUUUUGAUUAGUGAUAGAGGUUUAGCACCUUUUAUUGUACUUAAAAAGUAUGUGAGGACUUCAAAUAUUAUUUAAGGUGUGUAUUAAGGCUGCGCUGAAAUGCAAAAUAUUGUGUUAAUAGAAAGAGCGAAUGCCUUAUUGCUAAUGUUAUUUAUUAUUAUUGUAAUUAAAAUAAUUCCGCACUUACACAAUUAUUUUUAAUAUGGAUGCAAAGAUGGUUAAAUUAUAAAUUAUUAAAAAAAAAAGAGGUUGUCUGUAAAGUCGGUUUACUGACGAUAGUUUAACGUGAUAACGUCAUAAGAAAAUACUGAUUGAAUGGUUGCAUUUUUCAAAAGAAAAUUUUAAUUUUAUUUGUUUGAUAGAUAUUUUGUAUGGAUAUAGAGAAAGAGUUAACAUUAACAUAACAUAAUAUACUUUAACAUAACAUAACAUAACAUAACAUAACAUAACAUAACAUAACAUAACAUAACAUAACAUAACAUAACACAACAUAACACAACAUAACACAACAUAACACAACAUAACACAACACAACACAACACAACACAACACAACACAACAUAACAUAACAUAACAUAACAUAACAUAACAUAACAUAACAUAACAUAACAUAACAUAACAUAACAUAACAUAACACAACAUAACACAACAUAACAUAACAUAACAUAACAAAUUACCCCGUAUUAAAGCACUUAUCAACAGCUUUCAUUUGAUACCCAUUUUGUACAUACACAACCAAAGGUUACCCGGGUCCACGUUUUGACCUAUAUCUCGAGACCCCAGUCACGGAGCGGCAUGAAAAAUACUCUGCCCUAAAGCAUUCACCAACAGCUUUCAUUUGAUACCCAUAUUGUACAUACACGUCCGAAGAUUACCCGGGUCCACGUUUUGACCUAUAUCUUUAGACCCUAUUUACCAAUAGGUAUUCAAACUAUACGGAAAUCAUCUUCAAUACCUACUUAACAAUGUGUGUAUGUUUGGUUUAAUUCGGUUCAAAGACACGGUGGGUCCACGUUUUGGCAUAUAUUUCGAGACCCUAGUCAUCAAUAGGUAUGAAAAUUACCCCGUAUUAAAGCACUUAUCAACAGCUUUCAUUUGAUAUCCAUAUUGUACAAACACAUUCUAGGGUCCACGUUUUGGUCUCUAUCUCGAGACCCCAGUCACGGAGCGGCAUGAAAAAUGCUCUGUACUAAAGCAUUCACCAACAGCUUUCAUUUGAUACCCAUAUUGUACAUACACGUCCGAAGGUUACCCGGGUCCACGUUUUGACCUAUAUCUUUAGACCCUAUAUACCAAUAGGUAUUCAAACUAUACGGAAAUCAUCUUCAAUACCUACUUAACAAUGUGUGUAAGUUUGGUUUAAUUCGGUGCAAAGACACGGCGGGUCCACGUUUUGACAUAUAUUUCCAGACCCUAGUCAUCAAUAGGUAUGAAAAUUACCCCGUAUUAAAGCACUUAUCAACAGCUUUCAUUUGAUACCCAUAUUGUACAUACACAGCCAAAGGUUACCCAGGUCCACGUUUUGACCUAUAUCUCGAGACCCCAGUCACGGAGCGGCAUGAAAAAUACUCUGUACUAAAGCAUUCACCAACAGCUUCAAUUUGAUAUCCAUAUUGUACAACACAUUCUAGGGUCCACGUUUUGAUCUCUAUCUCGAGGCCCUAGUCACGGAGCGGCAUGAAAAAUACUCUGGACUAAAGCAUUCACCAACAGCUUCCAUUUGAUACCCAUAUUGUACAUACACAUCCGAAGGUUACCCGGGUCCACGUUUUGACCUAUAUCUCGAGCCCUAUUUCCAAAAUAAAAUAUAAUCCAUGUUACUCGUGGAGGAUGUAGCUUUCGAAUGGUGAAAGAAUUUGCAGUUCAUUCAAUGCAAUGAGCAAGGUAACUACAUAUGAGCAAGGUAACACUAAUGAGCAAGGUAACACUAAAGAGCAAGGUAACACUAAUGAGCAAGGUAACACUAAAGAGCAAGGUAACACUAAAGAGCAAGGUAACACUAAUGAUCAAGGUAACUACAUAUGAGCAAGGUAACACUAAAGAGCAAGGUAACGACACAUUUUUCCGUGCGUGCAGCCUGUUAAAUCGAAUUAUAAGACGUUAUCACGUCAAAAAUUUAAAGAAAUAUUUUGGAUUUAGCGUUAACCAUUCGUGAGCUAAAUCGAAUCCUUUAAAAUUGCAUAUGUAUUUAAGUACACACAUUCAUACAUAUGUAUGUACUCCCCUGUAGAGAAUUCAGCUUACUCUAAGUUCAGACAAAAAUAUAUUACAACUUAUUUUCAGUUUGGUUAUUUUUAAGCUGGCAUGUAGUGGGCUUAUUAAUAUAAUAUUAAUUAAUUAAACAUACAUAUGUAGACAUGUAUAUAUUUGAAUUUUGUAGCUUUUAAAUACCACUUAGGGAUAGGUUUAUACAUAUGAACAUAUAUACAUGCAUAUGUAUAUUGAUGCUUAACAUACAUAAGCAUGCAUAUAGUAAGUACACGAUGUUUAAAGAUUCGUCUUGAUUAUGCACGAAACCUUAAGGAACAGCAAUAUUGUUAAAACUUUUUUGACGUGAUAACGUCUUAUAAUUCGAUUUAACAGGCUGCACGCACGAAAAAAUGUGUCGUUACCUUGCUCAUUAGUGUUACCUUGCUCAUGUGUCGUUACCUUGCUCAUUGCCGUUACCUUGCUCAUUUGUCGUUACCUUGCUCAUUGCAUUGAAUGAACUGCAAGCGAAAGCGCGGAACGAACGACAAAGCAAACAAAGCAAACGAACGGCAACGUUCGACAUCUUGCUCUCUCCUACUUAAGUGAGCGUAUAUGUAUGUAUAUGCGCAUAUGUACAUAUAUAAAUUCACGUAUUUGUAUUUGCAUAUGCCUUCUUAUUGAUUUAAUAAUAAUCAUUGAUUGAUUCACUUGAAGAAUUUAAAAUAAAACCCAGUUUGUUAAUAA